AUGGCAGCAGACUCCGGCAGCCUUCUCCAAACCCCCGAAACUCAUGUCGUUCUUUUACCCAGCUCCCAGAUGGGGCACUUGACACCCAUGCUACGACUUGCCGCCUUAUUACUUGCCCAGAACUACUGCCCACUGAGGCUCACCCUCAUCACCGCCCACCCCACCGUCUCCCUCGCCGAGUCAGCUCUCAUCUCCCGCUUCCUCUCAGCUUACCACGACCGAGUUACUCACCUCCAGUUCCAUCCUUUUUCUAUACACCCUUCCACCGUGAAUUCCACCGACCCGUUUUGGAUCCAGUUUGAAGUCAUCCGCUGCUCCGCUCACCUCCUAACUCCUUUGCUUUCCACUCUCUCUCCUCCUGCCUCCGCCCUCAUCUACGACAUCAGUUUACUCUCCCCCGUCCUCCCCGUCAUCCAAACCCUCCCUUAUCAUCUUCCUGCCUACACCAUCAUCCCCUCCAACACCAGAAUCCUCUUUUCCAAUAUCUUCAUAGAGGACGGUCCGAAUCUCCAGAAACUAGCUGGAGUUCUGAUUUUCACGUUUGAAGCGCUGGAAGCAGAGGGGCCGGAGGCGAUCAGCGGCGGGUCGCCUCCAGUUUUCUCUGUCGGGCCUUUCGUACCCUGCGAAUUUGAGAAGCUGCCUGCACAUGGGGAUGGUGAUCAAUGCGGCGGUGAUCCAGGGCAACCGCAACCGUUUGAGUGGCUUAAUGAACAGCCUGAUGGGUCGGUGGUGUAUGUGGCCUUCGGAAGCAAGACAGCUCUGUCAAGUGAGCACAUCAGAGAGGUGGGAGAUGGCUUGGAGAAAAGCAGGUUCAGGUUCUUGUGUGUGGUGAAGGAGAAGAUGGUUGACAGUGAAGAGGAAGGAGGAGAGGGUAAUUUGGUAAGAAUAGAGGGGAGGGGGCUGGUGGUGAGAAGGUGGGCGGAGCAAGGGGAAAUCUUGGGGCAUAGAGCAGUGGGCGGGUUUUUGAGCCACAGCGGGUGGAACUCGGUGGUUGAGGCGGCGUGGCACGGCGUUAGGGACCUUGCAUGGCCGCAGAACGGGGACCAAAAUGUGGUUGCGGAGGUGGCUGAGAUAUGUGGGCUCGGAAUUUGGGAGAAAUCAUGGCUUUGGAGUGGCGACCGUGAGAAGAAGUUGGUUAAGGGAGAUGAGAUUGCUGUGAAGAUUAAGGAAUUGAUGGACAGUGAUGGCUGCGAGGAUCGGAGAAGCGGCUAA